AUGACCGACACGGGCGGCCUCAUCUGGCAAGUCGACGAGAACGUCGACGAGUCCCAGCUCGACGAACACACCGGCCCCUGCGCCAUCGACUACGACUCGUACGUUUUCUUUCCCUUUUCCCGUUUUGCGUAAAAUUCAUUCCUUUAUUUGUUCCCAAUUUUUUUCUGCAAUAAUACUUGUUUGAAUCUUUUCAAACGUUUUUUAGACGUUUUAAACAAUCUUCUCUCGUUCUUUUUUUCUAUAGUAUCGUAAAAAAAAAACAGACCGAAAUUCUCUUCGAUUUAUUUUACCGCCUUGUUUUCCUCGUAAUUAAUUUUAUGAUUUUUUUCUUUUGGAGUUUGUUGUUUCAGCCUUUUUAUAUCAGUUCUUGGUUUUCAUUUUUAAUCGGGACGUGAGUAUAUUAAACUCCCUAGAAGGUUUUUUUUUGCCCUGUUACCGUUUCGCUUUAGAUUCGAUAUUUCCUCAUCUUUUUUCAAGUUUCUUUUUCAUUUAAAUGAAGUUAGGCGGUUUUUUUCAUCCAUUUAUUCCAUUUUCUUUAAAAAUUUUCGUACGUUUUCUUCCACUUUGAGCGGGAAAAAUUAUUCAAAAAUUAUUUUUUUCUGCUGCAAUUUUAAGAAACUUUUUUUCAUCUCCGAAGCAAAAACUGUUUCUUUUUUUAUUUCUUUUUUUCCCAUUUUAAGUAGAAAAAAAUUAAUACCAUUUAUCAGAUUUUUUUCUAAUAACUUAUCCAGCUUGAAGUUUUAUCAAAAAUCCGUUUGUAUUUUCAAAAAAACUGGCAAAUGCGCUUUUAUUCGUAUUAGAUUUUGAGCCCGCAAAUCUACUACCUCUGCAAUUUUUUUUCUCAAAGAUUAGCACCCUUAAACUUUUCUUAACUUUCCGAUACAUCGUCUACUGGUUUUUGAGAGUUCUUCUAUAGACUUUUUGUGGACGAAAUUCACCCUGGAAUCGCUUCAGAAUGAUGAUGUUGUGCAACGUUCCGCCGCUGACGGACGAUAUGAGAUUUCGCUGUCCCGCACUCCCUAUAAGGACGAGGUCGACUCCGGAGUUCUCCCUAGUCCUUGAUUUGGUUUUCGAUCAGGCUUAGAAACACACAGUAACGCCUACUUUUCAGGACGAAACGCUGGUUCACUGCAGCUUGACUCCGCUUCCCGACGCCUCCAUAGUCUUUCCCGUCGAGUUCCAGAACAACACCUAUCAGGUACCUUGAAUAAAAGAAGUUUUUUUCGAAAUCAAAUUAUUUCAAGGUUUACGUUCGACUCCGCCCCCACCUUCAUACCUUUCUGGCCCGGCUAUCCAAGAGCUAUGAAAUCAUCCUCUUUACCGCCAGCAAGAGAAUUUACGCAGAUAAAUUAUUGGUAAGCGCUCUUUUAGAUACAAUUAAACAGCGAAAGAUUUUUUUUGUUUCCCGUGUUUAUUCCGAACCCACUAGACAAAAAAAAUACUUCAAGACUGGUGAAAGGGGUCAAAGGCUAAGCUAAGUAGUAUAAUAUAUUUUUAAAUGAUUUUAAGUAGUUCAAUGGAACAAUUCUACUUGUUUUCCAUGAUUCCCUCUCAAUUCCCAGAUUCUCAUAUGAUGGAUCAACAUAAAAAGUAGCUUGCCUAUUAAAAAACUGCUUUUCAUAAUUUUUGUAAUAGGUCAUUUCUGAGUAAUGAGCUGUGCCUAAUUUUAACACCAUUUCAAAAAAUAGUAUGACUCAAAUACCAAAAUGGAUCUAAAAGAUUUGAUGGAAAAGUAAGGACAAUAUGAGGUCAAAGUACUGUAGGAUUUUUCUACUUAUUCCACAAACAUACUGUUUUUUUUAGCCUUCACUAAUCAAGUUCUGAUGUUUUCUCGUCUACUAGGAAAAUUUUUAGUGGCCACUUUAGAAGGCUGAGUGGUACUGCGAGACCAAUAAAACUACUACAGUAGCCACUAAGACGUAAAAUAGUGGUUUCUAUACAGGUAGUUUAGUGGCCACUUUAGUGCCCUCUCCAAGUAGUCUUUGAGAAACUUCUUGAGUGGCCACUAGAGUUUGUUCCAGUAAGUCUGUCCCACACGUCCCGAUUUCAAACUGCCACCUCAUAAACGUUCUUAAGAUCUAAUGAAAAGGAAAAAUUUUCAUUUGAACUUUUGACAACAACACCAAGAAAAAUAAUUGGAUUAAUGUCGGUUUUUUUUUGACAUGAUGAGCUUUUAGAACCUGCUGGACCCUCGAAAGCAACUCGUUCGACAUAGACUAUUCCGCGAACACUGCGUGUGUGUCUACGGAAACUAUGUGAAGGACCUGACCAUCUUGGGGAGAGAUCUUUCUCGAACGGUGAUCAUCGACAAUGCGCCCCAGUCCUUCGCCUACCAGCUGGACAACGGCAUUCCGAUUGAGAGCUGGUUCCACGAAAGGGACGACAAGGAGCUCCUCAAGCUCCUCCCUUUUCUGGAGAGCAUCCCUCAGGAGGUCAGUCGCUUGUACUAUGACAAAUAGUUCUCAUCAACAAUUUCAAUAUUAUUUUUUUACUCAAUAACUCUUAUUUGUUGGUUUAGGCUAAGCCAGAAAAUAUUUAUCUAAUCGGCCGGAAGACUUGAUAAUGUUGGCUAUGAAACAUGGUUACAGGGUCGCGACGUUCGAGAUAUUCUCCGGCAGAAAUACCGACUCCGAGAAAUGCUCCCCACGCCGCCUCAGAACUAUCAGAUUCCCGUCCGGCUUCCCGGAUGA